AUGGCGGAUAACCUUGAAGACGACAAUGAAUACAUUGACAUGGAGCUCUCUUCGCAUUAUUCAAACUCCGUAAGUACGAGGGAGUUUGAAUUCCAAAUGUCUUCAGUUUCCAUGGAAAGAGAGCCCACCAAUUCCCCAGCCGAUGACAUUUUCUACAAGGGCAAACUCCUUCCUCUUCACCUUACUCUUCGCCUUGAAAUGGUUCGAAAGUUGCUGCAAAACUCCAUUAAUGAAGGCGAAGCUUAUACCACCACUCCAUUAAUGAAGCCUUCAACUGAUGUUGUUAUUAGAAGCAUUGGUGAAAUUGACCCCAAGAGAACUUGGACCCAAAGGCUCAAGUUCAUCAAGCAAUCAUCCCUUGGCUCAAUGCUGAAGGGUUAUUCUAGGGUUUAUUUCAGAUCUUUGUUUGGUAAUGAAUCCACAAAGAAAACCCCAUUGGAGCAUGUUCAAAUUCAUCAAGACAAUGGAAAUCGCCAUAGAAGAUCGUUUUCUGUGGCCAUCAAACGGCAGUCAUCUCCGUCAUCAUCAUCAUCUUCGAGCUCGAAUGCUUCAAAUGGAUAUUAA